AUGUCUCAUGAUCUCAGUCCGUGGAAUCAUAUCUCACGCAUAUGCAGCAAGGCCAAUUCACUAAUGGGAUUCCUAUGCAGAACAUCGAAAGACUUUCAAUCCCCAACUACAUUGACAACACUGUUCAAAACCUUAGUGUGUCCGAUCCUAGAAUUUUCAUCUGUUGUUUGGUGUCCCUACCUGACAGGGCACAUUGAUACUCUUGAGCGGGUGCAGAUCAGAUUCUUGAGGCUCAUCGGACUACGUCUUGGCUAUCAGUUCCUGGAGACGCCUGUUGACUGUUUGAGGAUCUCCCUUGGCCUUCCACAUUUGGCGACUAGAAGAAGGAUGGCGGACAUCUUGAUUCUUCAUAAGAUGGUUAACGGUGCUCUAGACUGCCCUCGUCUUCUCUCUCUUCUCGAGUUUCGAAUUCCGACAUCCACUCGUUCCGGGGACAUCUUUUUCAAGAGGGCACUUCCUUCUCUUUACAGCUACUAUAGCUGCAUUCCCAGACUUAUGAGAGAAGGUAAUGAGGUUUCAGGUGGUGUGGAAUUUUUUGGAUCCUCUUAUCAGUCAUUUCGAUCGCGCUUGGGGAAGCUACUAUGA